AUCAAUCUUUCCGGUUAACGACACAUCCCAAGAUGGCGGUGCAAAUUUCCAAGAAGAGAAAGUUUGUCGCUGAUGGUAUCUUCAAAGCUGAACUGAACGAGUUCCUCACAAGAGAGCUGGCUGAGGAUGGCUACUCAGGUGUGGAGGUUCGUGUCACCCCAACUAGAACUGAAAUCAUCAUCUUGGCUACCAGGACACAGAACGUGCUUGGUGAGAAGGGGCGUCGUAUACGUGAGCUGACUGCAGUGGUCCAGAAGAGGUUUGGCUUCCCCGAGGGCAGUGUGGAGCUGUAUGCUGAGAAGGUUGCCACUCGUGGUCUUUGCGCCAUUGCCCAGGCAGAGUCUCUGCGCUACAAGCUUCUCGGGGGUCUCGCUGUCCGCAGGGCCUGCUAUGGUGUCCUACGGUUCAUCAUGGAGAGCGGGUCCAAGGGUUGCGAGGUGGUGGUCUCUGGAAAGCUCAGGGGCCAGAGGGCCAAGUCCAUGAAGUUCGUGGAUGGCCUCAUGAUCCACAGUGGAGACCCCGUUAACUAUUACGUCGACACCGCUGUCCGCCACGUGCUCCUCCGCCAAGGUGUGCUGGGGAUUAAGGUGAAAAUCAUGCUGCCCUGGGAUCCCAGCGGUAAGAUUGGCCCAAAGAAACCUCUCCCUGACCACGUGAGCAUCGUGGAGCCCAAGGACGAGCAGGUCCCCUCAACGCCCAUCUCUGAGCAGAAGGGAGCCAAGCCGGAGGCCGCUGUCGUCGCACCUGUCACACCCGUCCCAACAGCAUAACCAUGAGGGACCCCAAGCCAGCGUCUCACAUUUUCAAUGUAAGACAGGUUUAGUGACGUGUUAAAGGCAGGAUAAGUUACGGCGCUGAUUUGACUUUCCCCCUGCACACAAACUUAUUUCCUACUAUCCCUGUCUGCAUCACACUGCUGGCAGGGACUCUUGUCAUCAUAACACACGUCACCCAUUGACAUCCCAUUAGGGAUGUCCCAGAACAAAAAAUGAAGUAGUUAUCUUGGUUGACAGAGUAGUAUGUUCUUUCGACCCUCUCCUCCUGCUACGCUCCUGAAGUUCCUGGUAAUGGGCUACACCAGGCGUCAGCAAACUUUUCCAUCUGGAGUGCCAAUUUAUCUUACCAUUUCUACUGAUCUGCGUGCCAGUUAGGAUUUAUAUAUUUGGAUCUGUCAUUGUCAUGUGGUUACUCUAAAUUCUAUCAAGAUUAUCUAAAUCUUAAAGUAACUAUUGUCAUUGCCAGCUAUAAAAAUAGCCUACAUAAAGCCGAAAAAUGAACAUUGCAGCCUGCAGGGAGAAAAAAAAAUCCUGAUUUUAAAAUCUAAGAAAUCACAUUGGCUACACGUGGCUGUCUGCAACGAACUUGAAACAUAGUAUCAACUGUGUCUGUCCCUAAGCUAGCGCUAGCCAAUUUACUUUGUGUAAAAUAUUCUGGAUUAUUGAUUAUUGUUUCCUGCGCCAGUGAGCUCGGGACAGACGGCUGUAGUACUUUUGUGCGAGGGAUAAGAAGUAAUCAGUUAUUUUAGGACAUUUCCAGUGGAUAGGAGCAUUACACUUUAACCUUUCAUGUCAAGUGGUUAUCGAAAGGGAGAGAGAUGGAAUUACUUGUCAAAUACAUUGAGUUACUAUUGUCAUUCUCAGUGGAUAAAAAAAAAAUGCUUUGUUAUCUUGCUGUUUUGAGGAACAUUUGAGGAGAAACUCUACAGCUGGUGAGUUAAGACAGUCAGUAGUACUAUCAAAACGGGCCCAAAUGGGCACAUUUAAGCACAGGCCAAGUAGCCUGGACCUACUUCUAUAUGCAUAAUUUGGGGUCUUGUACCAAAAUUUUUACUUGCGACUUCUCGACUAAAGAAAUCUUGUUUGAUCAACAGACCAGGCAAUAGCCCUCAUCCAUAUGUCUAUGAAUUUGAGGUUGAUUGCAUUUCUCCUGCCCAUCCCUCAGCUGUCUACUGAAACAAUGGUGGGGUACCGUUUUGUUUGAACUGCAGAAUGUCUUUUUAAAGAGUUGUAGAGGGGUUUAAAGCAAGAGUAGGCAACUAGAUUCAGGAGUGAUUUUGUCAGGUGGCCGGAACAUAAUUAAUGAUUUGUACACUGCACAUUGGCCACAACUAAGAUCGUAUUUAAAAAAAUUCAUACCUUGAUUACAUCUGUGUAUUUGUUACAAUUUAGCCUCCUCCCCCAUCUUCCACUGAACUUUCGGGGCCAGCCGGGCCGCCUGUUGCUGACCCUUAGUUUAAAGGUGGCGAAAUGUCAAUGAUGUCCCUUUGUUCUUUUCCAGGUCAUCAUGAGUUGAGGAAAUUCUCCAAAUACCUUUUUGUUUUUCAAGAAACAAAUAAAAUAUUUAAAUGUCUUUAAUUAUUGACCAAAUUCCCUUACUAUUAAUGUUGAGCCUUUGCCUUUUAAAAUCCUUUCGAAGUAACUUCUGUUACCUUGAUACCCACCUCAAAUGUUACAAGUAGCCCAACUCUGCACCUUAGACUGCUGCCCUAUGUACAUAGUCAUUGAAAACUCACUGGUCACUUUAAUAUUUACAUACUAUUUUACACAUUUCAUGUGUCUAUACUGUAUUCCAGUCAAGGCUCAUCCUAUUAAACUACUGCAGCACACCUUUUCUGUUCAUACUGUCCAUUGUCUAGACACUAUCAUACAAAUACAGUAAAUUCGGAAAGUAUUCAGUCCCUGAAAUGUAGCCUUAUUUCAGAAGAACAGAAUAGCAUAUUCUGAAUUGUCCUUAUAUUGGGCCCUGGUCUGAUAUUCUGAUUGGUGGGGCCUGUGAAAUCCAUAAAUUAGGGCCUAAUAAAUAUAUUUAACUUUACUGAUUUCCUUCUAUGAACUGUAACUCAGUAAUCUUUUAAAUUGUUGCACAGACUUCAUCACUCUCAUUCACCAUUUGACAAGAAUUUGACAAUAUUCUCACCCAUCAGACUAUUCUUAAUUUAAUCUGCCAUUUAUAUAUACCCUAUUGGUGUAAUAUUUGUGUAUUUAGAAUGGCCCUUAUCCACAUCCCGCAAUCGAAUAGCGAAUGGAGGUUAGGUGCGGUUACGUUUUUAAUAUUCACGCAUAGGCAGCGCGUCCAUAGGGCUAGGGGAAGCUAAACAUUUCCUAAAGUCAGUUGAAUUAUAUAGUCUAUAUAGAAAUACAUAAAAUAAUUCGAAAUAACCAAAAUACAUUAGUAUUUUGGUUAUCUACUUAAAUGUUAGCUUUGACCAUUUCCUCCUCCAGUUUAGAUGGACGUCAUAUGUAUUGUUCAUCACUGUUUCAAUUGUUAAUAUUUAUAUAUUACUUUUUUGUUUUUAUUUCACUCAAUGAUCAUGCUGGGGCUCCCCCUAUGGUCAUUCCACUCCCCCAACAGUCUUUACUCUGCCUCCACCCCAAUGGAUUGCCACAGUUGUUAUUUAUAUAGUGCUUUUUAUAUUUUUACCGUUUCCAUUAUUUUAUUUCAUUAGUCCUGCAUGUUGGAGCUCAAAGACUAAGAUUCUCACUACCCUGCAAUCACACCAGAGUAGGCUACUAUGAGGAUUCUGUGUUAUGCACUAUAGCCCGUUAACAUAU